CUGGCAACAAAUCAGGAUCACAGAGCAACACUGUUCAGGGACAGUUCCUGCAGGUUGAUUGGCUUGUAAACCACCUUUUCUCGAGGCAGGCAGUGACUUGAAGGUUCCGUGUCUUGUGCCGGAGGAUCGCCUCAGUAUGCAGUGGCUGAUGAAAAUCCAGAUCUCCAGGGGCAUCUGCAAAUUCAUCCACAGCUUCUCCCUGAGCCCCCUCCGGCUGCACAGCAGGUCUUCUUCAGGAGUUAGAACACAAAGAUGGAAUGACUAUGAUUCGCCUGAGGAAUUUAACUUUGCAAGCGAUGUGCUGGACGACUGGGCUCAAAUGGAGGAGGAGGGCAAGAGAGGCCCAAGUCCAGCCCUAUGGUGGGUGAAUGGCCAAGGAGAGGAGAUAAAGUGGAGCUUCAGAGAUCUGAGGGACGUCACCCGCCGUGCUGCCAAUGCCUUUGAGCAGUCUUGUGGCCUGCGGCAGGGAGACCGCCUGGCCUUGAUUCUGCCUCGAGUGCCCGAGUGGUGGCUGGUGACAAUAGGCUGCCUUCGAACAGGUGUCGUCUUCAUGCCUGGGACUACCCAACUGAAAGCCAAGGACAUCCUCUACCGACUGCAAAUGUCUCAAGCCAAAGCCAUUGUGACCACAGAUAGCCUUAUCCCAGAAGUGGAGUCCAUAGUUUCCGAGUGUCCCGCUCUGAAAACGAAGCUGGUGGUGUCUGAUCGUAGCCACGAAGGGUGGCUCAACUUCCGGUCACUGGUUAAAUCGGCCUCUGAAGAGCAUAGCUGCGUGGAGACAGGAAGUCAAGAACCGAUGGCCAUUUACUUCACCAGUGGGACCACAGGCUCCCCCAAGAUGGCUCAGCACUCACAGAGCAGCCUCGGCAUUGGGUAUUGGCUAGACUUGACCUCCUCAGAUAUCAUGUGGAAUAUGUCAGACACUGGCUGGAUCAAGGCUGCCAUUGGAAGUGUGUUUUCUACGUGGCUUCGAGGUGCCUGUGUUUUUGUGCACCGGAUGGCCCAGUUUGACACUGAUACCUUCCUAGAUACGCUCACCACUUACCCCAUCACAACCCUGUGCAGCGCUCCCACUGUGUACCGGAUGCUCGUACAGAAGGACCUUAAGAGAUACAAAUUCAAGAGGCUGCGGCAGUGCCUGACCGGAGGAGAGCCACUUAACCCAGAGGUGCUGGAACAGUGGAAGGCACAAACCGGGCUGGAGCUGUACGAGGGCUACGGACAGACUGAAGUGGGCAUAAUUUGUGCCAAUUGCAAAGGACAAGAAAUUAAACCAGGCUCCAUGGGAAAAGGAGUAGUGCCCUAUGAUGUCCAGAUUAUAGAUGAAAAUGGAAAUAUCCUACCAACUGGCAAAGAAGGAGAAAUUGCUCUUAGGCUGGAGUCCACUCGACCCUUCUGCUUCUUCUCCGAAUAUGUGGACAAUCCAGAAAAGACUAAAGCCACAAUAAGAAGGAAUUUUUAUGUCACUGGAGACAGAGGAGUGAUGGACAGUGACGGAUAUUUCUGGUUUGUUGGCAGAGCUGAUGACGUCAUUAUAUCCUCUGGGUACCGGAUUGGGCCAUUUGAGGUAGAGAGCGCGCUGAUAGAGCACCCAGCAGUCGUUGAGUCAGCUGUUGUCAGCAGUCCAGAUCCGAUCCGGGGAGAGGUGGUGAAAGCAUUUGUUGUAUUAGCUGCGCCGUUCAAAUCCUCCAACCGUGAGAAGUUAACUGCUGAACUUCAGGAGCACGUGAAAAACUCAACAGCACCUUACAAGUACCCAAGAAAGGUGGAAUUUGUGCAAGAACUCCCGAAGACAAUCACUGGGAAGAUCAAACGCAACGUGUUAAGAGACCGGGAGUGGGGACGAGCGUAG